AUGGCCGCAAAUACUACCGCUGUCCUACCCAAAGAUCCCAGUACAGCUUCAGUAACCCAACAUGAUACUGAUCUAACAGAUGAUAUAAAGACCGACGACACUCAAAGCUCAGAUUCAGAGAUUCUACAUGAAACACCGUGGCGAUCAGUCAUCUUAAUGGGUGUCAUUGCUAUGUGCACAUCUUUUCAGUACAGUACGUAUUUGAGUUCCAUGUGGCCGAAUUUGAAAAAAGUAAGAAAAUUUGAAUAUUUGUAAAAAUUUGUAGCAUGAAAAAAAAACGCAAAAACUUUCUUUACAAACUAAAAAAAUGGCAAAAAUGUUAUCUUUUUUGCCUAAAAUUUUGAAGAAAUGCUAUUUUUUAUUAUGGCUAAAUCAAAAAAUUCAAAAACUUUCUUUCCAGUCCUCUAAAAAUCCCAAAAACUUUGUUUUCACUCAUGGUUUCUCGAACUUUUUAUAAUCAAGCGCACCGUUGCUUAACUUGCCAGAUCGGACGGGACCGCGCUUUCGCACUGUACAAAAGAGACAAAUGGCGCUGCACGGUGCAGAAAUUAACUUUUUGGCAAUAAUUUUGUUUACAAUAAUGUAAAAUGGCAUUUUUGAGUAUUUUUUGAAAAUUAUGAAUUUUGAUGGGCUUUGAAAAACCGCAAUAACUUUCUUUACAAAGCAAAAAAUGGCAAGAACUUUGUUUACAAACCAAAAAACGGCAAGAACUUUCUUUACAAUACAAGAAAUGGCAAGAACUUCUUUUACAUACACUAAAUGACAAUAACUUUCUUUACAAAACAAAAAAAAUUCAAUAUUUUUAAAAAUAAUGCCAUUUUCAGUUAGACCCCUCAAUAGACGAAGCAUUUUUUGGAAUUGCAGCUUCUUGUUACCCGCUUGGUCAAAUCAUCUUCUCUCCUGUGUUUGGCUGGUGGAGUAAUCACCUCAAGAACGUUAAGAUACCCCUAAUCACGGCAAUGGCUGUCGAGUGUGCUGGGAACGUCAUCUACAUCUUUCUACAGACAGCACCAUCUACUUCGAAGUAUUUGUUUGGGGUUGGUCGAUUUGUUUGUGGGAUUGGUACUAGUAAGUAUUUUUCUGUAUUUUAGGUAGUACUGAGCAUUCUUAGGCUUAGUAGGCUUAGGCUUAGUAGGCUUAGACUUAGUAGGCUUAGGCUUAGCAGGCUUAGGCUUAGUAUGCAAAAUUUUUGUUUUUUUUUUGUAAAGAAAGUCUUUGCAACUUUUUUUUGUAAAAUACGGCCCGGUAUUAAAUUGGGUUCAAUUUUAUGUUUGUUUUACGAGUGACAUAAGUUCUUGCUAUUUUUAGGCUUGUAAAGAAAGUCUUUGCCAUAUUUCUGCCAAUAUUGCGCUAACUUAUAAGCAGUAAAAUCGUCAUACUCGCAGUAAUUUGUUGGGUCGUAUUACAUCGAGGCAAGUAUUACCAAAGUGAACAAUAUUACAUAAGAAAACGUUUCGUAAUACAGUUUCUUGCAAUUUACCUAAAGCUAUAUAAAUCAGCAUUAUUACCUAAUGUGACACAAUGUUUCGACUGCUUUUAUAAUUUACGACCACCCCCUUUAUUAAAAUGACUUUCAGUUUAGGUAACGUUGGACUAAUGAAGGCGUAUGCUUCAACCGCCAGUACUGAUAACGACCGUGCCGCUGCCAUUGCUACUGUGAUGGGCUUCUUUGCUAUUGGACUCAUCGUUGGACCAUGUAAGUCUAGUCUAGUCUAGUUUAGUUUAGUUUAGUUUAGUUUAGUUUAGUUUAGUUUAGUUUAGUUUAGUUUAGUUUAGUUUAGUUUAGUUUAGUUUAGUUUACCCUACCCUACCCUACCCUACCCUACUCUACUUUACCCUACCCUAUUCUACCCUACCCUACCCUACUCUACCCUACCCUACUCUACCCUACCCUACCCUACCCUACUCUACUUUACCCUACCCUAUUCUACCCUACCCUACCCUACCCUACCCUACCCUACCCUACCCUACCCUACCCUACCCUACCCUACCCUACCCUACCCUACCCUACCCUACCCUACCCUACUCUACUUUACCCUACCCUAUUCUACCCUACCCUACCCUACCCUACCCUACUCUACUUUACCCUACCCUAUUCUACCCUACCCCUACCCUACCCUGCCCUGCCCUACCCUACCCUACCCUACCCUACCCUACCCUACCCCUACCCCUACCCUACCCUACCCUACUCCUACCCCUACCCUACCCUACCCUACCCUACCCUACUCUACCCUACCCUACCUUAUUCUACCCUACCCUACCCUACCCUACCCUACCCUACUCCUACCCUACCCCUACCCCUACCCUACCCUACCCUACCCUACCCUACCCUACUCUACCCUACCCUACCUUAUUCUACCCUACCCUACCCUACCAUACCCUACCCUACCCCUACCCUACCCUACCCUACCCUACCCUACCCCUACCCUACCCUACCCUACCAUACCCUACCCCUACCCCUACCCUACCCUACCCCUACCCCUACCCUACUCUACCCUACCCUACCCUACCCUACCCUACUCUACUUUACCCUACCCUAUUCUACCCUACCCUACCCUACCCUACCCUACCCUACCCUACUCUACUUUACCCUACCCUAUUCUACCCUACCCUACCCUACCCUACCCUACCCUACCCUACCCCUACUCUACUUUACCCUACCCUAUUCUACCCUACCCUACCCUACCCCUACCCUACCCCUACCCCUACUCCCUACCCUACCCUACCCUACUCUACCCUACCCUACCUUAUUCUACCCCUACCCCUACCCCUACCCUACCCUACCAUACCCUACCCCUACCCUACCCCUACCCCUACCCUACCCUACCCCUACCCUACCCCUACCCUACCCUACCAUACCCUACCCUACCCUACCCUACCCUACCCCUACCCUACCCUACCCUACCCUACUCUACCCCUACCCUACCCUACCCUACCCUACCCUACUCUACUUUACCCUACCCUAUUCUACCCCUACCCUACCCUACCCUACCCCUACCCUACCCUACCCUACCAUACCCUACCCUACCCUACCCUACCCUACCCUAUUCUACCCUACCCUACCCUACCCUACCCUACCCUACCCUACCCUACCCUACCCUACUCUACUUUACCCCUACCCUAUUCUACCCCUACCCUACCCCUACCCUACCCCUACCCCUACCCUACCCUACCCUACCCUACCCCUACCCUACCCUACUCUACUUUACCCUACCCUAUUCUACCCUACCCCUACCCUACCCUACCCUACCCUACUCUACUUUACCCUACCCUAUUCUACCCUACCCUACCUUACCCCUACCCUACCCUACUCUACUUUACCCCUACCCUAUUCUACCCUACCCCUACCCCUACCCUACCCUACCCUACCCUACCCUACCCUACCCUACCCUACCCUACCCUACCCUACUCUACCCUACCCUACCCUACCUUAUUCUACCCUACCCUACCCUACCCUAUUCUACCCUACCCUACCCUACCCUACCCUACCCUACCCUACCCUACCCUACUCUACUUUACCCUACCCUAUUCUACCCUACCCUACCCUACCCCUACCCCUACCCUACCCUACCCUACUCUACUUUACCCUACCCUAUUCUACCCUACCCUACCUUACCCUACCCUACCCUACUCUACUUUACCCUACCCUAUUCUACCCUACCCUACCCUACCCUACCCUACCCUACCCCUACCCCUACCCUACCCUACCCUACCCUACCCUACCCUACCCUACUCUACCCUACCCUACCCUACCUUAUUCUACCCUACCCUACCCUACCCUACCCUACCCUACCCUACCCUACCCUACCCUACCCUACCCUACUCUACCCUACCCUACCCUACCCUACUCUACCCUACCUUACCCUACUCUACCCUACCUUAUUCUCUCCGCCCAACUUUUUACGUUGCCCUGACUUUUUUCCCUGCCCUACUUUUUACCCUGCCCUUGCUUUUUUGCUCUGCCCAACUUUUUGCCAUGCCCCACUUUAUCACCCUACUCAAACUAUUUACCAUGCCCAGCCAAAAAUAAUAAAAUUUCCUUUUUCAAAAAUUUUUAGUAGUCCAGCUAGGCCUAACUCCAAUAGGCGAAGAAGGAUUAGCAAUAUUUCCGCAUUUCGCCAUAAAUAUGUAUACAUUACCAGCCGUAGUGUCAUGUAUGGUCAAUAUAUUGGCCAUGGUUCUUUUAAUUUUCAUUUUCCGAGAAGAAUAUGGAGGCUUGGCCAAGAGUGAAGUAAAUUUUUUAUUUUUUACAGAUUUUGCUGAUAACAUAUAAUUGCACAGUGCAAAAUCUUAUAUUAGAGAUUGAACUGUGCAGUAAAGUUGGUAUUAUUAAAAAUAGUGUAAAAUACGAUAAAAGUUGAUUUUAAAUUUAAGAAUAAUUUUAAAUGGUCCAUUUUUAUAAAAUUUUUCAGACCCUUUUCACGGUGCAAAAUUAAUUUUUUUAUUUUGUUGCACUGUGCAGAAUUUUUUAAUUUUUUCUGCCCCGUGCAAAAAUUAAAAAAUGUGUUUUGCACCGUCGAAAUUAAAAAUAUUGGUUCAAUGAAUAAUAUAAAGCUUCUCAAUGAUAUUUUCAAUGUUAUUUUAAUUAAAAAUGGCAGUUUUUCAGAAAGAAAGCGAUGAAGAAAGUAAAACCUUGCCAGAUUUCGAUAGAAUCGGCUUUAUCGUCUGUUUUGUGGCCAAUUUCGCUCAAAUGUUCAUGUUCGGAACGAUUGAAACGUGAGGAUCUUUAAAAAUUUUCAUUUUUUUUUUUGAAACUGCGAAAGCUUUCUUUACAAAACAAAAAAAUGGCAAGCACUUUCUUUACAAAACAUGAAAUGGCAAAAACUUUCUUUACAAAGCAAAAAAUGGCAAGAACUUCCUUUACAAAACAAAAAAACGGCAAGAACUUUAUUUACAAGGCACAAAAUGGCAAGAACUUUCUUUACAAAACAAAAAAGAGCAAAAAUUUUCAGGCUGAGCACCCCCAUAGCAAUGACACUCUUCCCACUGACCAGGACUGAAGCUGUCCAAGUGGUGUCGGUUGUCCAUGGCAUUAAGUCAGCUUUUGAUCUGGCCAUGAAUGGAGCUUUUGCCAUUUUCAAUGUUGGUAAGUGGUAGGUUUUUCAUUUUUUACUCUACCCUACCGUAUCCUACCUUACUCUACCCCACCCUACCCUAAUAAUAAUAUUAUUACAGGGUAAAUCAACGUUGGGCAUGCUUAGUAGGCUUCAUUGGUAUGGGCGCCUUCUAUGUCAUCACUUUUCCAUACCCAUUUAUACCCGGCAACAUUGCCACAUACAAGAAGUCAGGUGAGAAUGGCAAUAACUUUCUUUCUAAAUUAUAAAAAUGCGAAAACUUUCUUUCCACUAUCUUAAAAACCUCAAAAACUUUGUUUCCACCCAUUGUUCCUCGAAAUUUUUAUAAUCAAGCGUAACGUUGCUUAACUUGCCAGAUCGGACGGGACCGCGCUUUUGCACUGUGCAACGAAGACAAAUGGCGCUGCACGGUGCAGAAAUUGAGCUUAACUUUGUUUACAUUGUUCUAAAAUGGCGUUUUGGAGGAUUUUUGAGAGUUGGAAAAAAUUUUCCUUACAUAGAUUAAUUUUUAAAAAAUUUUUGAGGAAACAGCAAUGACUUUCUUUACAAGAAACAUUUUUGAGAACGUUAAAACUAACAAUCACUUUUUUUGAGAAUUCACCAACUCGACUCUCGAACCAAUCGGCUGUGACGUCGAAUCCCUCACCUGGUGUGAAUACACCCACCCAGUCAACUUCUGGCUAUAUUACAUUAGUUUUGUCAUUUUCAUUGGAUGGAGCUUCUCACUCGUCAGUAUUGCCAUGUUUACCGUCUUUUCUCAACUUAUAGGACCACGAAGACAGAGUACGCAUCAUGGAUUCAUGCAAAUGAUCGGAUCGACCGGUCGAAUGAUUGGACCUUCCAGUAUCAGCUACAUGUACAAAAAUCAAGGUAUCUACGAGGCAUGGGCAUUAGAUACGGCUGUCAUGUUUGGUACGGCGCUGUUAUGGGCUUUGGCAUUCAAACGACUCAGACCGCUCAUGGAUAAGAUCAAAUAA